ACAACAAACAUGAUGAGUGACAGCGCACGCUCAUAUUUUCAUAGGAUUGAAAUCUGUCUUGCGCCUAAAUCAUAAGCAUCCAACCAGCAUGGCUUAGCCAGAAUGGUCUCUGCCUGUGACAUUAUUUUUCCUGAAAAAUGUCGUCAUGUUCUCGACAUUUUAUUUUAAAUGACCUUGGCAGCUAGUUCUUUUGUUUUUCUAUCAUUGUUUACUCUGAUCAAUCUGGACCGUCAACUGAGGGUGACCAUGUCAGUGUAAAGCAUCACCCAGGAGGAUAUGCCUACAACCCCUCAAAUAUUAAUUACUUCAAUACCCCUUACACAAAUGUAGCAGAAAUUUGGAGCAUCAAACAGAAGAAUAUGCGUACUACUACAAAUACAUAACCUGUCUUCUAAUUUUCACUCUGGAUAGCGAAAAGGAAAAGGGAUCUCUUCAAGUCUCUAUUGAGGAUCGGCUCCUCUUAUUUACCUCUUGAUAAUAAUUGAAGCCCUUCUCUGCCUUUAAAAUCGUCCUAGAAACUUGGUAACCAGCGUAGCGAGAGAGAGUGAGAGAGCGACUAUGUCACCAUCUUACUGUAUCAAGGAGAAGAAGCCCUGCGUCGGAUGGGUUGACAAGUACUUUGGGGACUGUCUGUGCAGUCUCAGAGACGAGUUCUCCUUUGGGUUUGGUCUUAUCAGUUUGGUUUGUUGGGGAGUUGCAGAAAUCCCUCAGAUAAUCACCAACUUCCGCACAAAAUCUAGCCAUGGAGUCUCUCUUGCAUUUCUGCUCACUUGGAUCGCCGGCGACGUUUUCAAUUUGGUUGGUUGCCUUCUCGAACCAGCAACACUGCCCACCCAGUAUUACACAGCUCUGCUAUACACCACGAGUACUGUAGUACUAGUGUUGCAGAGCGUCUACUAUGAUGACAUCUAUCCAUGGUGGAAGUACGGACAGAUCAACUCUAAUCAAGUGGUUGAAGAAGAGAGAAAACCUCUGAAACCUAAAGCUGGUGGGUCAGGGAUUCCCAUACCCAAUACUCCAGUCAAAGCAGGAUCCACUCUUCGGGAUUAUUACUAUACGUCAGCGAGGUCACUGGCAGGAAGCACUACUCCACCAUUUCGAUCUUAUCUCAGGACGGCUCGAAGUGGUCCUUCGACUGUGGGGCUUGACAACGACUCAUCAUCUGAUGAUGACACAACCCACGUUGCAUCCCAUAAGACUGUUAGCAAGCCUAAGCCAAUCCCACGGUCGGCAGGCUAUGGGGCAUAUUUAGCUACGUCCGUCAAUUUGCCUCGGCAAAGUAAAGCUAUGAUGGAAGUGUCUCUUGGAUUUACAGGGAGAAAACUCUUACACCAGGAAAGUGGGAUGGAGAACAGUGCCUUCGGGCAAUGGUUAGGAUGGUUGAUGGCUGCUAUAUACAUGGGCGGUCGACUCCCUCAGAUAUGGUUAAAUAUUAAAAGGGGGAGUGUGGAGGGCUUGAACCCUCUCAUGUUCGUUUUUGCACUCAUUGCCAAUGUAACUUAUGUGGCAAGUAUUCUUGUAAGAACCACCGAAUGGGAAAAAAUUAAAGCUAAUAUGCCCUGGUUGCUGGAUGCUGCAGUUUGUGUGAUGCUUGACUUAUUUGUAUCCUUUACCAAUCUUCUUCAGGAAAGCUCUUUUUUAUCCAAAUACUGUGCAGGUAACUCACAUAUGUUCAUUGUUCGUUACACCUUAACCAAAAUCAUAACAGAUUAUAUUGCAGUACAUAUAUUAUAAGUACCUCCGAAAGAAAAUUUCAAGUGCUGGAGAAGACCUGGGAGAUUAUAUUGCGGCAAAUAAAGCAGUUGUGUCUUGACUGCUUACUAUAUUUGAUAUUUGGGUCUUUGCUAUUUACCCUGUCAAUAUCGUUUGUGUACUAUCUGCUCUGUUUUUGGGGGAAAGCUUAGAGUUGCAAUGAGUCUCCACUGCAUUCACCUCAUGAAAAGGUCCCUUUACAAUUAGGCAGUAGGUGGGCGUUGAGUGAAUGACGGCAAGUUUAUAUGGUAUUGAUCUUUUCUUAUUAUUGUCAACUUCUAGUAUGUAUUUCUUAAUGGAAUUGGUUAUGAAAAAUCAAGUAGAGACAUAGAAUGUCUGAAAAGUUGGUUGAAA